UCUGCCGCACUAUGGCUGAGAACGAAACUGUGGUGAUUACAGGGUUUGGACCCUUCAGAGAGUUCUUGGUGAAUCCCAGCUGGACAGCAGCCCAGGGGUUGAAGUCAGUCGGGCUGGGAAAGAAGACUGGAGUUUACAUCAAGGAGUUACCAGUAAGUUAUGUUAAAUCCAAGCAAAUUGUGGCCGAACUGUGGCAAACUCUUCACCCAAAGUUUGCUGUGCAUCUGGGUGUUGCCCGAGGCUCCAGCAUCGUCCUGUUGGAGCAAAGAGGGAAGAACAGUGGAUACAGAGACAGAGACGUGUGUGGCUUCUGUCCUGAAAGCCACUGCUGCAUUGAAGGGGGGCCGGAAAAACUGGACUCAGUCAUUGACAUGAGGAGGGUCUCCAAGCAGUUCGGACAGCCUGGCAUGGAAGUGAUUUAUUCCAGGGAUGCUGGCAGAUACCUGUGUGAUUUUACAUAUUACUGCUCGCUGUAUCACGGCCAGAGGAGAGCAGCUCUUGUCCACGUCCCGUCGUCGGGCGGCCUGGCCUCCGCUGAGAGACUGGUUCCACUUCUGCAGGCCCUCAUACGGAGCAUGCUCCAGCAGCUGGAGGAGCCUCCGCCAACAGCCUGA